AUGGCAGAAAAGUCAAAACAAGGCAAAGUGAGCAGAGAAGUCACAAGCCACCGUGACUGGAUGUCCCAACUACCAUUGGAACUUCAUGGCGUUCCUCUUUUUAAGCUUGCUUUACCAGGUAAGGGGCUGAAAUAAUGCUGUGUCUGACUCUGAUGCUCCACUGAUGUGUUCAAACUUUAUUCUUGGAUCCAUUUUUGCAUGAUAACAAAUCCACAGUCAUAACUCCAUGUGUACGUGUAGAAAAAAUUGUCUGUUAGUCAACCUUAUCUGCUUGUAACAGAGUAUAAAUGUGCACACGACAUCAGCAGUUGUGACUAAUGUUCACAUGCUGCUUGGCCACUACUUGGUGAGGGUACAAAUCUGUUGUUCCAGCAGUAAUUUGAUGUAUGUGGUAACCUGGAAGAGCCUCAGGGUCAGCUGUGAUUUUUGUACAUCUGCUGCAAACAAAAAGAGUUCUGUUUAAAGUUUGAGGGGUUCUCAAAAAGGUAGAAGCUGUGAUGUGCUAACGUUUAAGAGUAUUACAUCUACAAAGAAGCAAAAUUAAAACACACAAGGCUGUUUCUGAAUGAUCUCUAGUGCAAAGUACAACCACUGGACACAAAAAAGUUGUGCUAUUUUGCUCUAAGCAACAGCCUCUGGUCUUAAAGAAAUGAAGCUGUUGCUAAAACUGCAGUUCCCUGUGUGCCUGCUGGAGACUCUGUACAGAAACAUAGGUAACCACAUCCACACUAAUUAAAAAGACCAUUUUUAGAGCACAAGUAGACAAGUUUACAGCCUGGUUAAAAAACAGCUCUGGUCUGAGGACCUCAGAGGUCCCAGGGCAUCCACUGCACAAGAGUGAGUUUUUUGCUUAAGUGUUUGUUUCAAAGUUAUGAAGAUCACAUGCAGGUUUGGCAAAACAGAGGCUGAAUGGACUGACAGGUACAUUGUAGCCAUUUGUGAGGAGGUUAAAGACUGGCCUCCGGUAGUUUAACCAAAAGUUAGGUUGAGUAAGUAUUACCAACAUGACAACAGUUGCCAACACCAGCAAAACACCAGCAAAACACCAGAAAACGUAGGCAGCAAACAUUGGCUUACUUCAUUUCUGCAGGACUAGCAGCAUUUAGGUGCAUCUCAUAAAGAAAACAGUAACAUAACGCAAGGAAAUGAGAGAAACAAAAACUUCCCCUCUGCCUUGUUAAAAAAAAAAAAAACUCAGUAUGAAUGCAUCACUACACUUGCCUCUGUCCACAGGAGUUUUCAGAAUUGACAGAAACUUGAGGUUCCUCACUGGAGCUUUAAGAUUUAUUUAUUCAGAUUUAUUUAUUUAUUCAGGGUGUAUGCAUCUUAAUAAAUGCAGCUGUAAAAAACAAAGCUCUGUUUGUUUGUACAUACUCAGCUUUCUCAGUCACUACAGUGAGAAAUAAGGACAUUUAAAAUCAUUAUAUGUCUAAUUGGACAUCGGUAAUAUAAUCAGCAGUUUACGGCUGUCCAGAAAAGAAAAAACAACAACAAAAAAAACAACAAACAAAUACUGCAUGUUUAACAUUAUAGAUUGUAUGUGUUUGUGUAUCUCUCCUUCAGGUAGCCACGACUCAAUGAGCUAUGAUUUGGACAUCAACUCCUCCAUAAUAGAGCCUGAUAGACUGAAAAGGUUCAGUAGAAUUUACUGUGCCCGUAGAAUGGUACUCAGGUGGGCAGUCACUCAGGUAAAGAGUGGUUCAGACCUGUCAGCAUUAAAUGUAGGCCCUACUUUUGUUUAUAUGAACAAAAACUAGACUUUCUUCCAAUCCAGGAGGAGACCAUCACAAAACAACUGGAUGCUGGUGUUCGCUACUUCGACAUGAGGGUUGCUCGCAAGCCAAAUGACCCCAAUCCCACAAGGCUUUUCUUUUAUCACGGCCUGUACACACGGACUGAUGUGGAGGUAAGGCUUAAAAGACCCUACAGUCCUUCUGACUGGCUGUCUUUGUAGGGGAGACUGGGGGGCAGUUGUUACAUUUUUUACAUUUUCCCUCAUAACCCACAAGUUUUUGAAAUACAACUGUAAUCUUUUUAAGACACAUGUAAAUUUACACUAUAAAACUUAUCAGUGUACAAACCCCAAUUACAAUGAAGUUGUGUAACAACUAAGUGUUAUUAAAGCAAAGAUGAUGUAACACAGCAGAAAACAUGACCCUAGACUAACUUUUUAGGAAGGUAUUAUAGCAUCAAAUUAGAAAUUAGUGAAAAUUUACAAAACAAACAUACAAAAAACAAUCAGGUUUAUCAGUUUGAACAUUAUGUAUCUUUGUAGGUUAUCCAGUUGACUUUGGGUGGAAAGGCAUUAGAAAAUCACUGUUUUCUGUUUUUAUUCCAGUUUACACAUCCCAACCUAGCUGGAGUUAGGGUUUGUAAAAAAGAGCUACAAUGGAGGAAAUGUCUAUGAUAAUGCUGCUGUUGUGCUCAGUCUGUUCUCAGGAUGGUGAAUGAGUGGGCAGAGACACACCCCAAAGAGAUCCUCAUCCUGGCUUUGUCUCACUUUAAAGAGAUGGAUAAACAUCUCCACCAACAUCUUAUUAACUUCAUCAAGACUUUGUUUAGGACUAAACUCUUCCCUCCAAAGGUAUCCUCAGCUGCUUUCUUUCAGUCCAGUCUGAAAUAACUCUUAUUGAUGUCAGGAUAAAAGAACAAACUACUUUUUCAAUGUUUCUCAACAGGAAACCCCUACCCUGAAAAGUUGCUGGGACAAAGACAGAAACAUCAUAGUUUCAUAUGAUUAUCAACAUCAUCAGGCUGAACUCUGGGGUAAAAUCAGAUAUUUCUAUGGAAAAAGCAUGAAUCCAGCAGAAGUUGAAGCAGAGCUCACCCGUGUCUUGGAAAAGUCAAGACCUUCAAAAGGUAAAAGUUCCUGCCUUUUCAGCUCAGUGGGUAAGAUCGUCUAUAGGGUGUUUAGAUCAGAGUCAUUAUUCAUGUGUCUCUGUUUUAUGAGAUGAUUUGUGCACUACAACCCUAACCUGCAGGUUUCUUUGUAUGUGGCUUGAACCUGACGCUGCCCGAUGAUGUGAGGAUACUUAGGUACAUCCUUCGCCUGUGUGACAACCUCGCCAACGUGAUACAGCGGAGCCUCCCCAGGCUGCUGCAGUGGGUGGAGGACCAGGCUGCCAAAACUCCAGUGAACAUUAUUGCCUCAGACUUGGUGACUCGUGACGACUUUGUCUCGAUAAUCAUCAAACAGAAUAUUCAAAAAAACUGGGAAGUAUAG